UCGGGGUUUCACGGAAGGCGGCUAAACAAAAUACCUCUGUACUUCGAGCAUAAACAUCGAGUUUUUGGAUUCUAACACGAAACAAAUGACCAGAUCAUCAUCAUCAUCAUCAUCAUCAUAGCUAGUACGUUUGUACAUUCCUGCACCUGUUCAACUGCAGCAUUCUAGCCAUGAGUGAGGGCAGAAGCCACCAUGGGCACAGGCAGAGGCAGGAAGGGGGCUAUAGAGAGAACCGACAACACCGGACGCGACCAUCCAGCAACAACAGAUCAUCAUCAUCUAGGCCCCAGCACAGCACCAGAAACAUGACAUCCAGCUCCCAGCAUGCGAGAAGGUCGACUGCAGAAGAACACGGAUCACAGUGUUCACACAUCUGCUCCAGGAGGGGUAUUGUGCUGAUGUGCGCGUUUCUGUGCAACCUGUUGGUGUUGUUCUGUGUUGUGGCCGGUUACGUGACGCUGUCAGGCAUGUCGGCUAUGAAUUUUGGAGCAGGCGGGAGUUUUGUCGACGUGGUCAUCCCUUUCGAAGGGACAGAGCUUCAGAAGGUGCGUGACCUUGACAUGCAGUUUACACAAAUGAGAGCUCCUGGACUCUACGGCGGCUUGGCUUUCAGCAUCACCUUUGGUGUGCUAUCGCUUUUCUUCGUCAUGUCGGGCAACAAGCCUGCCUAUGUGCUUCAACGAAAGCUCCUUGUUGGUCAGUUUGCAUUCCAGGUGAUUGGAGCAGUGGCGUAUGUCACUGCAGUGGGCCUGUAUCUGCAUUUUGUCAUCAAGGUGAACUCGACAGACGUGUGUUUACAGCGAGAACGACUUUACGCACGUAAUGGGAUGACUUGGAUGAACUGUAGCGUGAACGGUGCAGACGGAGCUGUAGCAUUGUUCGGAAUCAUAGCGGGAAUUUUGUAUGGUGUGGGAGCCUUUCUCACUGCUAGAACAAUUCGAAAUGUGCACCAGUAUAAUAAGAAUCGUGUUCACUAUGAAGCUGAGAGACCUAAACGACCGCAAGGUACCCAAGACACAUCUCAAGAGUCCGGCAUCUAUAUCUGACCAAAAGCAAGAAUAGAAACAAGCUGGAUGGAAUGUUGUUUUGUUGUUGUUUUUAUUUUAUUUUAUUUUUUUUAAUUAUUUUAUAACAAGCAUAUGAUGGACUGAUUAAGCACAAUGUAGUUAUAGCUUUUCCUAAAAAAUCUAUUUCUAUAAACUGUAUAUUUUUACGUAGACAUAAAAUGUGAAUCAGUAAGUGUAUUAAAAUGUAAAUAUGUUUAAUUCUUAGAAUUUAUACUCAUUAGAUAUUCAUUUUGACGUUUUUAAGAAUUCUGCUGUUGCCUUAUACCCUUAAUAUUGUUGCCAGCAGGGGGCAGCAUACACUUGUUGUUUACACUGAUUUGACUACUUAAGUGUUUUAAUUUUUUUCUACGUGAUAUCUUGCCACGACUGCCUCAUAAUCUUAGAGAAGGGGUUCUUAUUUUUAUUUUCAGACAGUUAUUUUCACCUGUUGAAUACAUUAAUACAAAUAAUGAAGCACUAUGACUAAAUAAAGAAGUACAUUUUAUGAAGAUAAUUCUACUAUGCAAAGGUUAGGGAUGGAUUUAAGGCCAUUCCAUUGAAUUGACCAGUCUAAUUACUCUAUGAUCUUAAUUCUAAAUGUAAUAAAUUGGAUUUUUCUCUUGGCUUUGCCUCAGAGAACCACUUUUCUAGAGAAUAGGUGAUUACCAGCGAACAAGAAUAUUGACCUCUUCUGAGAAAAGAGUGGAAAACCUGUUUACUCCAAACUUGUGUUGUGGAAGAACUCAUGUGUCCUCAUGUGAACUUAGCCCUGAUCUCAACCCUUUAACACCUUCGGGAUGAACUGAAACAGAGACCUUCCUGACAUUAGUGCUUGACUUCAUGACUUAAUGAGCACAAAUCUCCACAGCCACAAAAUCACAUACAUUGUAGGUUUUAUGAUCAGGCUUCCAUAUCAUUUUGACCAUAUACUGUAGUUGUCUAUAGUGUACAUUGUAGUAUAGUGUGGGUUUAAUUGCCUUUUUCUUAAACUCUGUGUUAUUUUUGGGCAAUAAGACAGAAGCUGAGGCACUUCAGUGGAAACCUUCUCCAGAUCUUCUGCAUGGCCAUUCCUCUAGUUCAUGCAGAUCAGUAUAUGUGUGUAGUAUGAAUACAAUAUGGAUAUACUACAUCCAUCAUGUUGGUAUUGUCAUGUAAUCUAAGAUGCUAUAAUGAGCUUUACAAUUAAAACAAGUUAACACUUUAAACAAGUAGAGUUUAAUCACAAGGAAUGUUUGAUACCUAUAGCACUUGUACUUAAACCGAACUGACUUGCUGCCUUCCACUAUUUUUGAUUGACAGCUCUUCUGCACAAGUCCCGUUGCUUUAUGGAAUAGCAAUGUGCCUUUUUACUUCAUACUGCAGGAUCUCGGCAGAAGGAGCGGGUCAUUUGGAUAUUUUUCGCCUGCAGUUGUAGGAAUACUCAGAGUACUGUAGAGUAGAACUCAGCUAGUGCAUUUAGUUUUAGCUGCUAUUCAUUAACCAACUGCUAGAGUUGGACAUUUAGGACGUUUAGGACAGCUGAAAUUCUCAGGUAUGCAUGUUUGCUUGUUCUUUUUAUUGAUGGAUUCAGGAAAGAAGGAAAGUGAGAUGUGCACAAAUUAGCAGUGUGAACUUCCUUCACUGGGAUCUUUAUAUCCAGAUGAAGAGUGACUAACAAUAUCUGAAUAAUUUCCUGUGUAUGGACCGGGAGACUAUGAAAACAUAUUUCUGAUCGAACCCACUAACAUUAUUAGAAGGGAAUUAGCUUCUGUUAGUGUUAAAUCUGCACCCAAUUCAUCCGGUAUAAAGCUUUCAUUGUGGCAAUUUCUAUACGAAUACAACACUUUGUGGCAUGUACUAUACAAAUCAAAUGAAAUAAAAUAGAGUAAUUAAAUGGAGUUUCUUCUGUUAACCAUCUGCUUCACAUGACUGAAUUGUACAUUUUCUCAUGGGCUGAAAAAUGAAUAAAUGCAUAACACAAAUCAUUUUAAAGUUCAAUUUUAAAAUAAUGUCCACUAAUUAUCUCAUUA